AUGAAAUAUCUCUAUAAUAACUUUAUAUGUGAAGUGUCGGCCGAAGCUCCAGAAUUCACGACAAUUGAGGAAUUCAAAGAAAUGAAAAGUAAAGUAUGUGAAGUGUCGGCCGAAGCUCCAGAAUUCACGACAAUUGAGGAAUUCAAAGAAAUGAAAUGCUUCCGAGCGAAGGGCCAAAGAUUAGCGGCAGUCGAGCUAAUUAUGGGAUUGGGAGUCGUGUUGAACUGAACUGCACUUCAGCCAAAAGCAAACCCGCCGCACUAUUGCACUGGUAUAUUAAUGAACAGCCGGCUGAGAGUGAAUAUGAGUUUGAAUCGUCGACAACAGUGCACUCCAAUGGCUUGGAGUCCUCAUCACUGGGACUCAGAUUUAUCGUGACUGAAGAACAUUUCCAAUCAGGAAACAUGAAAUUAAAAUGCACCGCGACCAUAUCUCGGAUGUACACCAUGUCUAACGAGGAACUGGUGUUUGGUGGACGUCAGCAAUCAUCCCGAUUUCACAUCCCUGAUCCUCUAAAUCAAGCCACUUCAUCGUCAUUCCGGACGCCAAAAGUCUUCAAAGCAUAUCAACUGUUUUAUUCAAUUUUACUUCAAUUGCUUUUAUGGCAACAUUUGUAUUCCAAACGAUUGCUAUUCUGAAAACAUAUUACUAUUAUAGAUAUAAUUAUAAACAGAGAGUUAUAUUCAACUCAUUUCGAUUACAUUAAUAUUUAAUAAGAAUAUAAAUAUGA